UAGCAUAAAACUGGCUAGAUGUGUCUGAUUUUAAGGCUUUUCCCCAAAAUCUGGAUAUGCCAGCAAAGUAAGCAAAGCUGGCAGGCUGUGAGAGUGGUAAGGCAGAGGCACAGAGAAGCCAUGGCUGUCCUUUCCAUGGACGUGUCCAAGACCAGGUUGGACAGGGCUUGGAGCAACCUGGGAUAGUGAAAGGUGCCCCUGCCCAUGGCAGGGGGUGGAAUGAGAUGGCUUUAAGAUCCCUUCCAACCCAAACUGUUCUGGAAUUCUCUACUGUCUGUCUCCUCAUCUCUCUGCCCACUGAAAAUUGAUUCUGUGUAGGUGUGAUUAGAAUGAAAGAGGAGAGCUGCUACUGUCUAAUGUCUGCUGUUGCCACCUGGAGAACUCUUGGAAUGCUGUCAGCAGCUCAGGGGAUCUGCUCAUCUGCUCUCCUCAGCAUCCUGCCCUCAGCAGAACCACAAAGUUGUUCUGCAUACUGAUUGAGCUUUGUUAAGCACAAACAGGACCAAAGACAGACAAAACACUGUCAGAAUAGGGAUAGGAUUUUUUCUUUGCUUGUGGUUUAAAACACAGCUCUCAAGGACAGGUUUUAAUCCCUGAGUUGUGUUUUAAAGUGCUGUAGGAGCACAAUAGAAGAUUCUUUGGGAAAGAGAGCAAAGCUGAGCCUGCAUUUGUGAAAGUCUCCCUUGCAGUGACUGGCUCCCCUUUUGCUGAUUGCUUAAUAAUGCCAUAUUAAUCUUGGAGGAAAUAUGUUGGAAGGAUCCAUCUUCAGUACUUGGAAAGUGUGUAUAUUUUGGAAGCAUAAGUUUGUGUUAAUAGCUCUGGAUGAAUUUAACCAUUUUUGUGUUAGAUGCAGUUUCAUGAAGGAGACAUUGAAAUAAAUUUUGGCUUCCUGGCUGUGGUUUCAUGGCAACUUUUUAUUCCCCAUUUUUAGCUUUAGUGUAAACCCUUCUUGCUUUCACCAAGAUGUGAAAUUUCUUUGGGUAUGCACAUGUUUGUGACAUAAAAGGUGUAAUUUUUACCUGAAGCAAUGUACUGCUCCUGUAAAGCCAUUCAACUUAUUUUCAUAAUUUAAGGCAUAAUUUAAGAGGAAUUUUUAAGGAGUUUGUGUUUUCUUGAAAUUCCCACAACCAUAUAAAUAUCCAGUGUGUUCUGAGUGUGGUGGUAAACUGCAUGGUCUCUUUAACAUAGUCUGUAAUAGAGGCUUGGAAAAUACUUAAUUUAUGGAUGAGUUCAUACUGCUACUUGCUUGUGUUUUCUCUCUGAAGUGACAAACUUCCCUGUCAGGGGUGGAUCUCGGGCUGGCCCCUUUCAAGCCUCAAUGUUCCUGUUCCUCCACAGGCUGGUGCUCUCAGAUCUACCAGUCCCUUUGUGUUGAGUUCACACAAGUGCAGAUUCUUGUUGCUCCUCUCUGAAUUUAUUAGAUCACAUGACUAUAUCACUGCAAUUUGGUAGUGCUGGAUGAUAGCAUUGGGUACAUUUUUCUGGGAAAAAUCUGCUUUCCUCUAUUUGGCUUUUGUAUGGAGAAGCAGCCUGGUUUGUGCAUUGCCAUGGGUGACCAGUGCUUUCCUGUACUUCCCUAGUACUGAAGCCACCAGGAUUCAGUGAUGGAGGCUUUGCUGGAAGGAAUGCAAAGAAAUGGGCAGGGGAGUGGUGGGUUCUUGACCUCCUGUGAGGCUGAGCUGCAGGAGCUGAUGAAGCAGAUUGACAUCAUGGUGGCUCACAAGAAAUCCGAAUGGGAAGGGCAGACACAGGCUUUGGAAGCUUGUCUGCAUGCUCGGGAGCAGGAACUUUCCUCUGCCAAGGCAGCUUUGCAGGAAAAACAAAAGGAGAUUGUCAUGUUGCGUUGCCAGGUCGAAGAUGUGGAAAAAUCCAAGCAGGACAUGGUUAGAGAGUAUGAACAACAGCUGAAGAAAUUCCAGGAGGAGUUGUCCUGGCUGAGGAGGAGCUAUGAGAAGCUGCAGAAGAAAAAAAGCAGAGGAGAAGCUAACAAGGGACAAGAGGAGGACAAGUUUGAAUUGAGCCGACUGACCAGGAAGCUGGAGGAGUUCCGUCAAAAAUCACUUGACUGGGAGAAGCAGCGCCUGCAGUACCAGCAGCAGGUGGCAUCGCUGGAGGCACAGCGCAAGGCUCUGGCAGAGCACUCCGAGCUCGUGCAGAACCAGCUGGCCAAUCGGAAGCAGAUCCUGGACUCGGUGGAGCUGGCGAGCCGCUCAGAAAUCCAGCACUUGACCAGCAGGCUGGAGAGGGCCAACGACACCAUCUGUGCCAAUGAGAUGGAGGUGGAGAGGCUCAGCAUGAGGGUGGAUGACCUGAGUGAGGACAAUCGCCUGAUUCUGGAGGAUCAGCAGAGAGUUCAAGAAGAACUAAGGCAGUCAAAGAAAAUGUUAGAGGUGCUGCAGGAUGAGAAGAUGGAACUGAGAGCCACCUUGCAGUCCCAAGAAGAUUUUAUUGACAGCUCCAAGCUGCACCAGGAACAGUUACAGAAAGAACUGGCUAAGAUGACUGAAACGCUUCACACAAAAGAAUUCCUCAUCAGGGCCUUGGAGGAGCGCUUGCAGGGGAAGCCACUGUCCUCUGCAGGGCUGGAGCUGGAGCAGGUGCUGCUGCAGCUGGAUGUUGCCCAGAAGAAGGAACAACACUUGCAGACAGAGGUGACUCGUCUUGAGAACAGCCUGGUGUCUUCAAAUGCCAGGUGUGUGCAGCUGAGCGAGGAGCUGGGUGAGAAUAUCAAAGAGCUGCAGUCCCUGGAAGAAGACCAGACUGAGUCAAGGGCAGAGAUUAAAAAGCUGAAGGACCAGCUCUCUCAGGCUGAACAAAUGCACAGCAGUGAGCUAGAAGGGAUGAAAAGGGAGAUCUCCAGGCUGACACAGGAGCUGCACCAGCGGGACAUCACCAUUGCAUCAGCGAGCGGCUCCACCUCAGACCUGGAGCAGCAGCUCAGAGCUGAGAUUGAAAGAGCAGAGAGGAAAGCAGUGGAGCACAGGGUAAUUCUGGUCCAGCUGGAAACCUUGAGGCUGGAAAACCGUCAUCUCUCAGAAAUUCUGGAAAAAACAGAGUGUGGUAAGCUGAAGGGGCGCGAUGGCACCCUGAGAGCACUCAGGGAGGACUAUGCUGUUGAGCUCCAGAAAUUAAUAUCUGAGAACCAGCAGUUGCGGAAGGACCUCGCAGAGACCAGGGCGAAACUGGAGGUCACUGCACAGAUGUGCCCAGAUGAACCCGAGGGCACAGCUCAGCAGGGGCAAGGCAAAGAGCCCAGGGAUGUACAGCACAGGACAGCUCAGGAAACACAGCACGAGCACGAUGAACACACAGCAAGGACACAUCUCCAGCCUGACAGGACUGCUCAGCAUCAUAACAGGGACUCCCAGAGGUGUGGGGCUGCUGGAACAGGAGCUGUGAGCCCCGAGAUGGGUGAGCCACCCUCCCAGAGCAGCAGCAGCAAGAACUGCAAGGAGUCACGUGCCCGGCUGGGAGCAGAGUCUGUGCUCCAUGUGGUGGAUGAAAACAAAGAUUUUGCAGAUGAAGCAUCUAAGCAGCCUGCCUCAAAUCAUCACAGAGAAUCUGUGUUUUUGUGCCCCUUGCCUACAGCUUCUGUCGGAUCCAUUGCUGCACGAUACCUGGAAGAUGAAGAAGUGAGAUCCCAGCACAUCCUGGAGUGCCUAAAUGCUCACAUUGAGGAACUGAAAAAAGAGAGUGCAAAGAUAGUGAGACGAUUUGAGCACCAGGAAUAACGUUUCUUGUGGAAUUGGAAUGCCGGUUUCCUUACGUGGUUCCACACCGUGACUGGGAAGGUGCCUGGAUCCAGUUGGGAUUGGAGCUCGAGUGAGAGGCCACGUGUUCCACUUGGAGCUGAAUCAGCAGGGUGAGAGUUGAGGAAAAGGAACUCCUGUCUAUCUGCUUGCUCUGAUGAGGGGUGUUAGACCACAAACAUUUUAGUCAGCUUGCCAUAGGUCAGAGACCUGCAUCAGAGCUAUGUGCUCACUCACAAAGAUUAUGGUGUUUUUUAAAAGCAAACUGUUUUCUAGGUUUUAUGUGAAGUAUUUAAAGUAUAUUUUGUACUUGUAAAAACACUGAAAUAAAUCAGAGUGGCAAACGCCUCUUUUCUUA